AGGUUGAGACUUGAGAGAGAGAGAAAUAUCUAAUCUAGAGAGAGAAACAAACUUCUUCUAAUGUGACUGUCAAAUCUUACAUAUUCUCUCUCUUCUGUUCUGUUCAUGAUUUCAGGGCCUCUGUUCAAUCCCAACCUCCGCUCCAGCCUCCACCCACACGAAGAUUCUCUCCUCCUCUCUCCCACCCAACUUUUCCCUCACUUUCUCGGGAAAAUCCCAUUUUUCUCAACCCAAUUAUAUUGCCUCUGUGUCUCUCUCUCCUAUAAUGUGUCAGAUUUUCCAGAGCUGGGUUUGAUUGUAUUGAAGAAUAACUGAAAUGGAUGGAGAUAUAUUUUCAGGCAUUGGUAAUGGAACCCAAGUAGAUAGCAAAGUACUCCAGACAUUUCACAAGAGCUUUGUUCAAGUACAGAACCUCUUAGACCAAAAUAGAUUGCUAAUCAAUGAGAUUAACCAAAACCAUGAGUCGAAAAUCCCCGAUAAUUUGAACCGAAAUGUAGGCCUCAUCCGGGAGCUUAACAACAACAUUCGACGGGUCGUUGAUCUCUACUCAGACCUCUCAAGCUCCUUUGCCAAAUCCGUGGAAGCUUCAUUAGAAGCCGAGUCAGCCGGAACUUUGAAAUCCGACGGCAAAGCCAGCCAGAAGAGAAUUCGAUAUGGGUAACUCAUCAAAUUGAAUCAUCCCUAUAAAUUCUGCACUUUUUCAUAGUCAGAAAAAAAAAAGGAAAAAAAAAAGAAAAAAGAAAAAAAGAAGAUGGUUGGUAGUCAGAUAGAAGAAUUGAUAAUAUUGUGUAACUGCUUAUCUGUGAUUUGUACUUCAACUUUGCCUUAAUUUUCACAAAAUUUCUUUGGGAAUAACAGUUUGAUUGGUCUGCCAUUUUAUA